AAAAUAUUCGAUUCCGCUACGUCGACACUCCGUCGAGCCCCCGAUGCCCCAGUUUCGACCACACCCGACGGCCAUCAAAGGGAUUGUUUCGUGCACGAUAGACGUCAGACCCCGUAGGUAGAAACAAUAGGGACACAGAACAAGCAAGUGAAUGUGAUGACAUGCAGAUCACUCUAGAAGCUAAAAUUAAAAUAAUUUGGAUUAAGUGAAUUACUUAUGCUCUAAUGAAAUGAAUUCCAAGUGCUACUUAUUAUCUAACUGUUUAGAUACCAUGCAAGUAAUUUAAACAUCUAAAUGGUGAAACUCGUGAUCUAUAUGCUAGUUGUUUCUUAUUGCAGUUUUUGAAGUAGCUUGCUGGAAUUGUACUACACAUGAAUUCGUAGAUAUAUAUAAAAUUACAGAUAAGGCAUAAAUUUAAGGAAGUGCAUUCAAAACUAGUAACUAGGAUACAUACACUUAAACACUAAAUUGAACUACGACACUUGUCACAGGGAAGAAUUUAUAAGUUGAAGAAUCAACGCAUCAACUAGAACGGUUGAGCGGUAACGAAUUACUACAAGAAUUUUGUAAUUUAUUCUUCGUAUCAUCUCACCAAUAAAUUCACAUAAUUGACUAUUCGUCUAUUACCGCCCAACAUCUUACAAAAUUCUUGUAAGCAUCUUCAAAGAACGCCAAGUAUUAGACGACUGGUGCUAAUCGGUAGCUGGACACCAUGAGCACUACCAGUGGGAAGUCAGGAAACAGAACCGAACGCCAGGCUACUGAGGCAGCUGUAGUCACCGGAAUCGACAGCCUUACGAUCGUGGAUAAAGCGAAAAGCGGAGCGAAGGAUGCUGCGAAUCAGGUAACUGGCGCAGAAUGCGCAGCAGCUCUACAGCCUACAAAAACGGUCCUGAAUCCCAAGGCAGAUGAUGCAGUCGGUGCCGUCGCCGAGGAUCGUACGACGGGAACCAAGCCAAAGCAAGUAACUAAUCCAAGGGCUGCAGUCCCUGUCGACCCUCAACAAUUAUCGACGGCUCCAGCCGGUACGACAUUGUCCAGUAUACGAGUCAGAGUCACUAGAUUUAGCCAUUGCGAAAUGUGCAACGAUCGCGACAAUAGCAGGAUGGUGCAAUGCGAUAAUUGCAGUCUAUGGUAUCACUUUUCGUGCGUUGAUGUGACUAGUGGUAUAGCAGAUUAUAGCUGGGUCUGCCCUGCGUGUGCGGAAGAAAGCAGACAGCUGCACGGGACGUCAGCGCAUUGUGAGAUUCUACAUCAAGAUCCAUCGUCCAAUCAGUUGAGUUCUAAGAGGUCUCUUGGAAAAACGAGCAGCAAGCGAAGUGAGCAGCGAAGAAUCGAUCGUCGGCUACAGAAACUAGAAGAAUUAAAGGAACUGGAAAAAAGGUUUUUAGAAGAAAAAUAUCGCAUUCUGGACGAAGAAGACGACGACGUUGGAACGGUAACAAGCGAUGAUUCUAUGGCCACCAACGAAAUAGUAAAAAUUCAAGGUUGGCUGAGAGAGACGGAUCAAUGUGGUGAGGGCGACUCUGGGCUUGUCGAAGAGGAUGUGCGACCAAAUCCUGCUAUCGGCGGAAAUACGGGCCAUGAAACGCUUCAUGGGUUUGCGCCAAAUCAACGCUCUACGCCACGGAGUCAAAUCAAUCGUCAAGCACCAAGAUCAGAUUCGGCAGCGGCACGUGGUACCAAUAUGCAAUCCCACCGAAUGAUGGAUACUUUCAGUAUAUCCCGGUCCGAGCUGCGGUCUGGAACACGGAUGCAGUCCUACCCGACAAGAACUCUAGGCUGCCCAUCAGCAGCGAAAGUUCAUUUUCAGCAACCUGCGCAGUCAGAGAUAAGAAAUCAACAGCAUAUUAGUUCCGGGUCAGAUCGAAUACAACGACGUGAACGCUACCCAUCGUUAAUCGACGAGCCAGAACAUGACCAACAUCUAGACGAAGAUUCUUUAUGCGUUCUAAAUCGGAGUCAAUUAGCGGCGCGGCAGGUCGUGCCCAAAGAUCUUCCGGAAUUCAGCGGGAAUGCAGAGGAUUGGCCUCUGUUUUAUUCGACGUACAAUUCUUCGACACACAUGUGUGGUUUUUCUAACGAGGAAAACAUGCUUCGUAUUCGAAAAUGCUUAAAAGGCAAAGCCCUCGAAGCCGUACGAUGUCGGCUCCUUCAUCCGACUAACGUUGCCGGUGUGAUGUCUACGUUAAAAAUGCUGUAUGGUAGACCCGAAGCGAUUGUGCACGCGUCGAUUAGGAAGAUCAGAUCACUGCCAGCACCGCAAGUCGAGAAACUUGACACCUUGAUCAACUUUGCGUUGACCAUAGAAAAUUUGGUCGCAACCAUCGAAGCGUGUGGCGUUCAAGAUUUCGUAUACAAUGCAUCGUUGAAGUUUGAACUGAUCGAUCGGCUUCCCCCCGGUUUGAAAUUGGAUUGGGCGAAGCAUUCCAGGAAUAACCCAGCGCCAAACCUUACGGACUUCAGUUCUUGGUUAUAUGCAAUCGCAGAAGACGCCAGCACCGUAAUGCAAACUUCCAGUACCUCAGCCAGAAGCCGAUGGACAAAAAGCGAUGGAUUCAUCAACGUGCAUGCUGACGCUGACUGUACAAAUCUGCGAUCAUUACAAGCAGACAGGCCAGGAUCGCAAAGUUCAUCGUUAGUAGAACUACCAGAGUGUAUCGUUUGCAAAAACGAAUGCCAAUCAGUGGCCAAAUGCAAACGAUUUACUGAACUCACUCUGGACGCUAAAUGGGACGUAGUUAGAGAGGCGAAGCUAUGCAGGAAAUGCUUACGUAGGCAUAACGGAGUGUGUCGUCAGCAAAAACCGUGCGGUACAAGAGGAUGCACCUUUCUACAUCAUCCCUUGUUACACAAUGAGAGAUCGCAUGUUUCAAAUGGACCAUCGGAAACACCUGCCGACGCGUUUGGUAGUUGCAACAUCCACAUGACUCAAACCAAUGAGAUACUGUUCAGAAUUGUACCGGUAUUGAUUCAUGGACCUUCAAAAGUAAUACGAACCUAUGCGUUCAUAGACGACGGGUCAGAGCUGACACUAAUGGAACAAAGUCUCGCAGACGAAAUAGGAGUUUGGGGCCCAAAGUCAUCCCUGUGCCUUAAAUGGACGGGGGGCACGAACCGAGUGGAAGACGAAUCUCGAAAGGUUGCCGUGGAGAUAUCUGCUGUAGGAUUCGACUCUAGGCGACACCAGUUGACAAAUGUGCAGACAAUUCACGACCUACAACUACGCCCGCAAACCAUGGUGCUUUCUGAACUACAAGAACGAUUCAGUUACCUUAGCGGAUUACCAGUGGAGUCUUACAUCAAUGUCUGUCCUCGUAUCCUUAUCGGGCUGGAUAAUGCGUAUCUCGGACAUGUGCUGAAAAGUCGAGAAGGAAAACCACGCGAACCCAUCGCCGUCAAAACGCAACUAGGAUGGAUAAUCUAUGGCAGUUGUAACCAAAAGCGGCGAAGCUCAAAUUACGUCAAUGUACACACUAUAAAAGUUUGUGGCUGUAAUCCACAAACCGAUGAAAACCUGCAUCUUGCGAUGAAAACCUAUUUUGACCUUGACAGCCUGGGGAUUUUAACUCCGAACAAGACUCUUCGAUCGCCCGAAGAACAACGUGCCGUAGAACUCCUGGAAAAGCAGACCAUACCUAAAGCAGGACGAUAUGAAGCGAGACUACUUUGGAAGUAUGAAAACGUACGUCUUCCAAACAGCAAAGAUAUGGCAUACAAGCGAUGGCAAUGUCUAGAUAGACGAAUGAAUCAGGACAAGCAACUAUCGGCAACUAUCCAACAAAAAAUGGCAGAUUACGUGUCUAAAGGGUACGUGCGAAAGCUGACGGAACCUGAACUCAACGUUCGUCCAGCUCGCGAGUGGUACUUACCGGUCUUUCCAGUUAUGAAUCCCAACAAGCCGAAUAAGGUUAGGCUGGUAUGGGAUGCAGCAGCCUGUGCAUAUGGAAUAUCACUCAAUUCGUUACUUCUAAAAGGUCCAGAUCUCCUUACGUCUCUCCUUACGGUGCUCAUUCAAUUUCGAGAAUUCCGUAUCGGAAUAUGCGGAGAUAUCCGUGAAAUGUACUUGCAAAUAUUGCUUAGCAAAGAUACUCGAUUGCGCUUCUUCUGGAAAGAGAACGAACAUGAUACAAGUCCACAAGUCUUCGAAAUGCUGGUAUUGCCUUUUGGAGUUUCGUGUGCGCCGACUAUAGCCCAAUAUGUUAAAAACAUCAACGCCAAACAAUUUGAACACGAGCUUCCUACGGCGGUUCGGGCAAUAGUUGAUCAACAUUACGUCGAUGACAUGCUUUCGAGUGUCGAAACUGAAGGAGAAGCCAUUGCCUUAGCAAGCAACGUAAAACAAAUCCAUGCAGCAGCCGGAUUCGAAAUGAGGAAUUGGAUUUCGAAUUCUGCAACUCUUCUAGAAGCGCUGGACGAACCGAAAACGGAGGAAAAAGAUCUAACAAUAGCCGAAGAAGGUGUGACUGAGAAAGUGCUUGGAUUAUGGUGGAAUACAAACACGGAUUGCUUCACCUUUAAGGUAUCGCCACGAUAUGAUCCUGAGUUGAUAUCAGGAAUGCGAAUUCCGACCAAACGUGAAGUGUUGAGAACCCUAAUGAUGAUAUUUGAUCCAUUGGGGCUCAUAGGUCACUUCCUUAUGUUCCUUAAAGUGAUUUUGCAAGAGAUCUGGAGAACGUCUGUAACCUGGGACGAUCCUAUUGAGGAAAUUCAAUUUGAAAAGUGGUUGCAGUGGCUGAAAGUGUUGCCUGAGGUAGAAAAGGUGGAAGUUCCUCGGUGCUACAGGUCAACGAUAUCGAUCGAAAGUGCUAUGGAGGUGCAAAUGCAUGUAUUUGUUGAUGCGAGUGAAAAUGGAUUUGCAGCGGUAGUGUACCUCCGAUUUCAGCAAGGCAACUUGACUGAAACUGCGUUGGUGGGAUCUAAAACCAGAGUUGCUCCGUUAAAAUUCUUAUCGAUUCCCCGUUCCGAACUUCAAGCUUGUGUUAUUGGAGCCCGAUUUUCCACCAGUAUACUCAAAUCGCUGACUGUAAAGGUAGACAGACGUUUCUUCUGGACCGAUUCUAGCGACGUUAUCAGUUGGAUUAAUAGCGACCAUCGCCGGUAUAGUCAAUUUGUAGCCUUCCGGAUCAGCGAGAUACUUGACACUACCGAAAUGCACGAAUGGCAAUGGCUCCGAACCCAAUCCAAUGUAGCCGACGAAGGAACGAAGUGGAAGCGGGUUCCUGACUUGAGGAAUACUAGUCGAUGGUUUACUGGACCUGAUUUUUUGAAGAAACCAAUCAACGAAUGGCCGGUAGAGUUAGCGGCUCCAAAAGCGACCAAUGAGGAACUUCGUCCACAUCUACUCGUCCACGUUAUAGUGCCCGGUCCUGUUAUAGAUCCAGAAAACUUUUCCCAGUGGACACCUCUAGUGCGACGGGUAGCAUUAGUUUUCCGCUUCAUUAGCAACGUAAGAAUUUCUGAUGCUGAGCAGCGAAGCAAAGGAUCACUUACGACUUGCGAACUAGUACGAGCAGAAAGAUAUUUGUACCGUUUUGCACAAUGCUGUGCAUACGCGGAUGAAAUAGCAGUAUUGACAAAUAAGCGCGUAUCAAACGGUAGGGGAGACUGAGGAGACUUGAUCCCUGGGGAGACUUGUUCCCCCCAUAUUUUCUCGGAAUCUAAAACAAUUUUCUUCUAGCAUAUUUUUUCCAAAACAACAUCUGGAGAGACGACAAUGUUGUGGCUACAAUUGAUUUCAAUUGUGUAUUGCAUUAUUUUUUAAUGGCUGAUGGUUUGUUUUCAGUCCUUCAGAAAUCUUUUAGGCGAUUCCGAAAAAUCUCAAUAACUUUGUGAAAAUUGAACCAAAUCGUGUCAAAAUUUCACAGCACAUAGUAUAAAUAAAAUACUAUCAAACGUAUUUAUCCAAAUAAGGUUGUUAUAUAAAUAUUUCAAUUAAUGUAGCUUAGUGUAUACAACAGUGACAUGGGGAGACUUGAUCCCUCGAGGAUUACACACACAUUAUACAUGUGAAAAAUAAAACUCAAUUUGGAAGUCUCUAUUUACUCGAAAUUCUAGUAUAUUUAAUGAUAAAACUUGUCAGAUAAUUAUAAUUUUAUUACACACCAUUAAAAGGGGGAUCAAGUCUCCCCAUUUUCCAAAUAUGGCAUACCCUUAACAAUUUAAGGAAAUCUUAUAAUUUCAAAUACACCAUAUUCAUAAAAAAUGUAAGAAAACUUGAAAAGAAAAUGAACAGGAAGCAUCUGGAGUUAUUUUCCCUUUAAAUUAAACAUGUGCUCAAAAGGGGAUCAAUUGUGACCCAUUUUUGAAAAAUACAUCAUAAGACAUGCCUCCAUAAAAACACAGUUUUGAAAACUUUAACAAUAAUUUAAAGGCCUUAUGUUGUGUAUAAACUUGCAAUAGAUGUUUACCUGCCAUUCUGUAAGAAAAAUGGAUCUAGUUUUGUGUUUUUUCUUAAUGUUACAGGCAAAUUAAGAAAAAGGGAUCAAGUCUCCCCAGUCUCCCCUAAUGAGAUGUCGGUACCAAAGAGUAGCCCAAUAUAUCAGCUUUGUCCCUUCCUCGAUGAACAUGAUGUCCUCCGUAUGCGAGGCCGAACCGCCGCCUGUCCGUUCGUCGAUCAACAUGCUGUCAACCCAAUCAUUCUUCCAAGGAAUCAUCAAGUCACCCGACUGGUAGUGGGUCAUUAUCAUCGAAUGUAUCACCACCAAAAUCAUAACACUGUCCUCAACGAGCUUCGACAGCGGUACGUCAUAUCACGUUUAAAGGCCACCUUCAACAAGAUCCGUCGUGAUUGCCAGCAGUGCAAGAAUGAUCGCAUACGCCCUCUGGCACCCAUUAUGGGUAAUUUGCCUGUGGCUCGUCUGGCCGCCUACAGCCCUCCAUUUAGCCAUAUGGGUGUCGAUUAUUUUGGGCCUUUAUCAGUCAGUGUUGGGCGCAGGUCUGAAAAGCGGUGGGUCCUCCUAGCAACUUGCCUUACCACGCGGGCUAUCCAUCUUCAAGUUGUGCACUCCAUGACCACCAAUUCCUGUAUUAUGGCUAUAAGAAACGUUAUGGCCAGAAGAGGUACACCUGCUGUUAUUUACAGUGACAGAGGUACGAACUUUCAGGGAGCAUGCUCAGAAUUGGAGACCGCAAUGAAGAACUUAGAUAAUGAGAGACUGGCAAAGGAAUUCACCACUUCGAAUACUACCUGGACGUUCAUCCCUCCCGCAUCUCCACACAUGGGUGGAGCGUGGGAACGCUUGGUCAGAACGGUUAAGCAGAACUUAGACCGGAUCAAACCUAGCGAAAGUAUGCCACACGAAGUCCUGGAAAACAUGCUUAAUGAGGUUGAGAAUAUUAUUAAUUCUCGACCGUUGACGUCGAUCCCUAUCGAUAAUGAUCAAUCUCCAGUCUUGACGCGCAACCAUUUUCUUUUGGGGUCAAGCAAUGGGAUGAGGUCAUGGGUUCCGCUUGAUGAUAGUCCUAGAACAUUGAAGAGCAGUUGGCAUUUCUCCCAAAUCUUGGCCAAUCGUUUUUGGAAGCUUUGGCUACAGGAUUACCUGCCAUCAAUCACCCGCCGAACCAAAUGGUUUACAGAAACCAAGCCAAUCAAGGUCAACGAUAUUGUUAUAAUAGUGGAUCCUAAGCUUGCCCGGAACUGCUGGCCUAAGGGGAGGGUAAUAGGUAUCAAGAAGAGUACAGAUGGACAAGUACGGAGCGCUACAGUGCAAACUUCCAGUGGCAUAUACGAACGACCAACAGUUAAGCUCGCCGUGCUUGACGUAGGCGUCGAAGAAAAUGCGCAUCCAGACGACCAGGAGCGCAUUCUGGGGGGCGCUGUUGAUUCCGCUACGUCGACACUCCGUCGAGCCCCCGAUGCCCCAGUUUCGACCACACCCGACGGCCAUCAAAGGGAUUGUUUCGUGCACGAUAGACGUCAGACCCCGUAGGUAGAAACAAUAGGGACACAGAACAAGCAAGUGAAUGUGAUGACAUGCAGAUCACUCUAGAAGCUAAAAUUAAAAUAAUUUGGAUUAAGUGAAUUACUUAUGCUCUAAUGAAAUGAAUUCCAAGUGCUACUUAUUAUCUAACUGUUUAGAUACCAUGCAAGUAAUUUAAACAUCUAAAUGGUGAAACUCGUGAUCUAUAUGCUAGUUGUUUCUUAUUGCAGUUUUUGAAGUAGCUUGCUGGAAUUGUACUACACAUGAAUUCGUAGAUAUAUAUAAAAUUACAGAUAAGGCAUAAAUUUAAGGAAGUGCAUUCAAAACUAGUAACUAGGAUACAUACACUUAAACACUAAAUUGAACUACGACACUUGUCACAGGGUGAGCAACUUAACUAUGCUUUAUCAAAAACCAUUAUUUACCCGUUAUAUAACACGAAUUAUUGCAGGAAGAAUUUAUAAGUUGUAGAAUCAACGCAUCAACUAGAACGGUUGAGCGGUAACGAAUUACUACAAGUAAAACGAAACAUAUUCAUUAUUGUCACCUACUAAAAUUAUGCUUUCUUGUAGGAAUUUUGUAAUUUAUUCUUCGUAUCAUCUCACCAAUAAAUUCACAUAAUUGACUAUUCGUCUAUUACCGCCCAACAGAUGCUGAGAAAUUUUGAUGGGCGUCCAGUGGGUGACUGCAUCUGAUACAAGACCCAACUGUAAAAGUGUAGCAAUGAGUGAUGCUGGCGCUGGGGCGCAUUCACGCCAUCAUCAGCUGUUGUGCUGAUUUAAUAAGUGGAAUUAAUUCGCACUACUGAUAGCGAGGGGGAGCGUGCUAGCGGUCAACGAGAUAUUCAAUAUCAAGGCUGGACGCGUUAUGUAUUACGUGUUGUUGAACUGAAUUUGCAUAAUCGGUUUCCUGUAUUGUACACUGGAGCGCCCAUAAAUAUGAUUAUGUGUUUUGAAUGACACAGCGCUUUUUCGUCAAUAUUGUGACGCAAUAAUUGGGUUGUUUGGUAAUUAAAAGUUUGUUUGUUUCCAUAAGUAAAUCAGAAAAGCGUACUUUACUGAGUAUGACACACAUUUAUUGCAUCUCAGUGCUCUUAUUUUGAUAGUCAAAUAAACAAAUCAGUUUUAAUUUCCACGGAUAAAAUGACAGAUUGCCCCGAAGAAAAACCAUUACCCAGAUAAACUUUGAAUGCAAUUUAAAAACAGUUCCAGGGCUCCGAUGAAAUGUUGGGUUUUAAUCAAUUCUCUGAUAUUUAGAUUAUUAAAUAAUAUGGAUACCAAAUUGACUUAUAACGUGUGAUAAUGGUUUAAAAUGAAAUUAAUGUAUACUAGUGUAAGAGUACCUUUAUUUAUCUUAUGUUUUAUUAUUCAUUCAGUUUGGCAUGUUUCCGUUUUAUUUGUUACUACUGGGUGUUUACUGAACCGAGAAAAAUUUUCACUUAAAAAAAAAAAUGCUCAACUGGCUAUAACUUUUGGAAAAAUGCAUAAAAAAAUCUCAAAUUUUCACUGACUGAUCAACUUACAGAUCAACUAGUUGUGUAUCAGUGGUCAAAAUGUGGGAUUAAUUGUUUUCCAGCAAUUGAUCCCAGAGAUAUUGCAGUUUAAAGUUUGCCAUCGGAUAAUUAUGUUUUUUUUUUCUAGUAUCUAUCUAACUUCAUAGAGAACAGCCCGAUCUUUCUCAAAUUUGGACCCCUGAAACAUAACUAGUUGAUAAACUGUACUUUUAUAAUUUGACGCUAACGUUUGUUAUGUACCCAAGUAACAAUUUAAAUUCCUUUUAGAUUUGUUAAUUUUUAUGGAAGCUUUAUUAUAGCAUGAAAAAUUCAUGAAACAUUUAUAGUUGUUUUUAUUAACAGAAAACAAUCUCCGUUUGUAUGCGGUUUUUAAGUCUUCUUCAAGAUAAAUUUGAAAAUCGCACAUAAAACAACUUGAUUCACUAAGGCAUUUAAUCUUAUAAUAAGUUUUAAGACGUAUUUGAAGUUAUUUUCAACUAAUUUUAUUAAAAGUUUAUGCUGCGUUUAUUCAAGUACAAUUUAUUCACCUGAAUUGUUCUCCUUUAAAAACUUCUUAAAGCUUUAAAUUCUUGAACUAGAGCCACUACUCUGGAACAAGAACUAAGCGGAAUAAUAAAACAACGAAUUAUCUGAAAACCUCAUAUAAUAAAUUUGCAACAAAUUGAUUGUGAACAGCUUUCUCAUGCAAAUAUAAACAAUUAAACAUUUUUGCUCACUGUUAAUUUUGCCGUUUUGGUGCUCAAAAGUACCUAAUCAUAUCGACGAAAUAUUUAUUUUAUAGCCAAUAAAAAAUACAAGUAGCUUGCUGCUGUUGUUCUACCUUCAGCCAGUUACUCACACAGGCCACAGCAACUUAAAUCGAAGAUGAAAUGGGUACUUACUGUGACUCUUCUCAUGCUCUUGCUAAAUAGUGUAAUUUUCGUAAAUUUUAGUAAUGCACUUAUUAAAUACCGUAAAACGGGGUAUCUUUGAUAAUGCGGGUAACUUUGAUAGUGCGGCAGGCAUUGUAUAAUUUAUCUUAUAACUAUGAUUCCUUCAACCAGUUGAGAAAAAGGCAAACGUAAAUCUAUUCUUUAUAUAUGAAAGUUCAUCUUGGACGUAUUUUCGUUAAAAUCUAGUUUAUAUACAAGUUUUUGGACAUAAAAUAAAAAUUAUUGAUAUUUUUGUCAUUUAUCAACCCCUUCAAACAAUCUGCUAUACGACUUCGUUACAACUAUUUUUUCAAUGAAUGGACUCUUAUUCUCGAUAGAUUCAUCAUAGUAGAUUCCAAAUCUGGCCUUAAAUCUCUUAACGAAGUGUGUUUUUACGAAAUGGAAGCAAUUUUGUAAAUUGGGAUGUAAAUCUCCAUACAUUGAUAAACGCCUAAAAGUAUGCAAUGCCCUUGUAAUUUCAUGUAGAUAAAUAUGUGUUGUUCAAAAUUUGUAAAUAAAACAUUGAAAAACUACCCAAAAAAAGAGAACUAACCAUGAAUAGCAUGUAAUCAUAUGUUGAUGUACCGUCAAGCAUUUAUUAUUACAAAGAUAAUGAUUUUUGAUACCUAAAUUUAUUGUGUUUUGCACUCAAUACUGCACAAACUCAUUUAUAUAUGUAGAAUUUAGUAAAAAAUCAAUGUUUUGAUAUAAAAAAUCUUUCUGACAUAUUCCACAAGCCUUCUCUAAUCAUAUGUUUACUCCUAAGAUUUCAAUCCGUGAUAAGUUUUUGAGAUUUUAUGUGUUUUAAGGGAAUUAUCAAAGUUACCCCAAAAUGAAAAUCUGAUUUCUGGUUAUAUGAAAAACUAAAAGUUACCCAAAAUAUUUCAGAUUAUCGAAUCUUUUAAUUGCAAUUGAUAACUGAUACCCCAGUACUUGUUUUAAAAAUAUAAAACUCUGGGAAAUACUAUUACAUGUAAAAAUAUUGAGAAAAUUCGCUGAAAAACUAUCAAAGUUACCCCAUUUUACGGUACACUAUAGUUUCGCUAUAGAAUUCGCAAAAUGUACAGAAACAACUUUCUACUCCAAAAAGGUAAAUAAGCAAUUGUCAGAGGCUGUUACUCUUGAAUAAAACGAAUAAGUUUCAUGCAAGACGAACAAAUCUGCCUUAAGAUCAUCACUAGUUCAAACAAUCUUCAAUAAAUGCUAUAGAUUACGUGCAUGGCAACUUGGUUCCAUCGUUGUUUUGAGGUGGUUUGGGUUAAACGCAAUAACAAUUGAUGGCGGCUGCAUGAGUUUUGUUCGCUUAAAACGACAUCCAUGUUUAGAAAUAAUUAAAAAGUGGCGUAGCCUUUUGUUUUUAAAGAAAAUUAAUGUCUUCGUAUAUUAAUAGUUGAUAUAAUUUUUGAGGCGCUUUGUAAUUUCCGUAUGUUUUGGGUGGCAUAUCAACGAAAAAGGUGGUAUGGCUCGGGAAAUUUUGAUUCUCUGUCAUCAAUUCAGGCAAUUUAAAUGCUUUAGCCAUUUCAAUUUGAUGAAAAUUAAUUCGCAGUUCAAUUUACAUUUCAUGCAUGAAACAAAACUAGUUCACAUCUGCAUAAUGCCUAGGUAAAAGAUUUCAUUUAUUGUGCACUACUACCAUUUUUGAGAAAGACAGCUAAAAGAUCAACAUCUCUCUCUCUCUCUUCUUGGCGUAACGUCCUCACUGGGACAAAGCCUGCUUCUCAGCUUAGUGUUCUAUGAGCACUUCCACAGUUAUUAACUGAGAGUUUCCUCUGCCAAUGACCAUUUUGCAUGUGUAUAUCGUGUGGCAGGCACGAAGAUACUCUAUGCCCAAGAAAAGUCAAGGAAAUUUCCUUUACGAAAAGAUCCUGGACCGACCGGGAAUCGAACCCGUCACCCUCAGCAUGGUCAUGCUGAAUACUCGUGCGUUUAUCGCCUCGGCUAUAUGGGCCCUCAACAUGCCUCAAGCUAUUCUUGUUAAAGUUGAAGUUCUUAUAAUCAAUCAUCAGUGCAAGUACAAAAAUACAACUAGUUUCAAAGCAGUCUUCAAAAGCAGCCUUGAAGAUCUCCUAAAGAGUGGGCCAGAUUAGUCUUAUGGAUAUUUCAUGCCUAUUUUAUCUCGAAUUUGCAGAACAAAGAGCUUUAUUGCUAAGUUUUAUUAUUCUGUCUUAGAAAUUACUUCAGGAUUGCCACAAAACUAUAAAUGUUGCUUGGAUAGUUAAACGGGUGCCUCGAAUAUUGCAAUAACGGUUAAGCACGCCGUAAUAUUACUUAUCUACCGCUUCACCCACUUCCUGUAACUACAUCAGUGGUCUAACAACACUUAGUGCACUCGGCAAAGUUCCAUCAUGCCGCUCAAAGUGUUGCUACAAAUAAUGGUUACCCAAGCAACACACAUGUUAUAUAAGAGUUACGACAGCGCAAGUUUUGGUUGUAUAGAAGUUAAUUUGACGUAAUUCUAACAUUGUGUUGAAAUAACGUCAAAUAAACUCAUAUACAACCAAAACUUGCGCUGUCUUAACUUUUAUAUAACAUGUGUGUUGCUUGGGUAGUUUUCUGAACCCAAUAAUCUGGCAGGGUGCAUGGGAGCCUAAGCUUCAACUGAUAAUGCAAUCAGAGACUGCCCAAACUUUGACGUGGAUGAUCAUGAAAGUUAGUCGAGCCCUUUUUGAAAAAAAAAUCCCAAAUUACAGAAAUUAGUAAUGUAAAACAAUACAACAUAAAAAAUAGAACCAUUCCCAAACUAUUUAAUGUAAUGUAUAGCCAGUAUUGAAAUUACAAUCCAAAACAACACAUUGCCUGGAAAAAAAAUUAUACAUAUAUCAUAUAAUGUACGGUAUAUUUGAACCCACGUAUCAGUAUUUACAACAAAUCAUUUAUAAUAAAAUGUAUGGUUUUGCAAAACUAUUAGUAUAAAAAAAUGAUUUUUUGUAUUGUUACGAUACUUAAUAACCUAUACAAUUCAUUGUAAAAUCCUAUUUUACAAUUUGCUGUAUUGUUUUUGUAUUGUUAUUUAUUAAGUUUGCCUUAUAUAAGGUAAUAUAUAUCAAGUAAAUAUUCCGAGCUCUAACAGGGGUACUCCCGGAUAAUUCCCUGUUUAGGAAUUAUGAAUACAUCAUUUAUUGAUUUUUAGGUUUUGUUUUUUUAAUCCUUUCAUGCAGAAAUUACCUAGAGAAGAAUUCUAGAAAUGCUAGCUCUCUCGACAUGCUUCGCACUGUUGAGCCAUAUUUUCGCGUUUAUAUUACUUUGCUGUCGAUUUUCUCAAAUCUUUCUCCGCACAAAGACGUAUAAGUCCUGAACCAGUGAAACAGUCCAGAGGAAACAGUGGCAAAAUGAAAAAAGCGAAUCCGUUAAUUCAUCCCAAAUUCAAAUCGCGAAUACAAACACCUUUCGUAAGAAUACCAAUUUUUAGAUAGUUAAUUCCAAUUCAAGACAUUCUAAAAAGUAGUGCAUGUGUUUUUUAGAUAUUUACUGACUUGAACUAUCUUAUCAACACCGAAAAUAUGAUACACCGAGGCAGAUUUAAACGGUUGGGAUGAGAUAAACCAAUGAGUUAAGGUAAUGUUAUCCAAGGUUAGAACAAUUUGAUUACUAUAACACAGUGAUCCUCAGCCUAACUGUCUUUGCGAGCCAAAAUUGAAUGUUGAAAAGAGACUGCGGGCCGCAAGAGAUUAUUUUCAACAAUUGGGUUGUUUAGUGAAUAAAAUAUUGCUAUUUUCUAUAGCCUAUCGAAAGAGCUCAUUUUUCUGAGUAUAACGUGAUUUGAUUGGAUUCCAAUACCUUUGUUUUGAUGGUUAAAUUAACAAAAUAGUUUUAAUUUUCGUGGAUAGAAUGACAGUUCAAUCGAUAAAAUGACAGUUCGACCCGAACAAAAAAAUUUCCCCAUACAAACUUUAAAUGCAUUUUAAAAAUAGCUCCCGGACUCCAAAAAUUAUGAAAUUUUGGAUUUCGACUAAUUUUUGGGCGGAGAAUCUGAUUAUGAAAUGAUCUGGAUACCCCUAAAGAACCCAACUUUCAAGGUUCAACACAAAAUUAAUUUGUUUGAUUUUCUAAAAAUAUUGUACAAGAGCAAAAAAGUAAUCAGGAGAUUUUUUUUCACUAUAAGAAAAAUCCUUGAAAUCAUAGGAAAUUAAAAACAGGGUUAUCAGCACCGAAAUAUUUAAGUUUUCUAUUUCUUGGUAUUAAUAAUAUUGAGCAAAUGGAGUUUCUUGCUGUAGCUUAGGGAUUUACUGAAAAGUAUUUCCAAUCCUUUAUUUGAAAAAAACUUAGAACUAUGAGAUGUUUUGGGACUUUUCGUAGAUAUUGAGAAAUUUCAGAAUGAUUUGUAGGGAUUUCAGGGUUUUCGGAAGAAAUUCCGAAAAUCUACCUGGAGAUACUUUUUGGAAAUCCAUGAUGAUUUUUCAAAAGUUUUUCUUUAUAGGACGCUAAUGAAGAAAAACUAACAGACAUGAUUUUCAGCAAGUUUGCAAGUUUUCGUAGCCGAUUUGAAUAAAUAUUUAAGAGGAAUUCUCAAAACUAUUGCUAGGGGAAUGAAGAGUAUCUUGCCCAAUCCCUGAAGUUUUUAGCGAAAUUCUGAAAGUUUGGGCCCACUUCCUUUUAAAAGAAAUUGUAAAGCAAAUAUUCUGUUUUUUUUUAAUAGCUUCUUGGUACAAGUGCUGAAUAUAAAGUAUAUCGAAUAUAAAAAAUAUCAAAUGUAAGGAUUUUUUCGCCGAUAAAAACAAAAUUAUUUUAAAUCCAUUUUUGUUAAAUCAAUCAAAUUAUCAAUGCCGAGUUCUGCCACCCAAAAUCUAUGGCAGAGAACCUAGGGAAUUUAGCCUAAACUCAUUAUUUGAGCGAAAUACACCGUUCCUAACAACAGUUUUGAAUAUGGUUUUGAAUAUUUUCGGAACAAAAUUAGAAAAGUAGUCCUUUACAGCUUGUGAAACUUUUGAAAAUUCUUACUUCUUUAGAAAAACUCUCCAUGAUAUUGGCAAAAUAUUUAAUCUCAUGAAAGUUUUAAAAUACAGUAAAAUUUCUGAUUUUCAUUAUGGAAUCUAUGAGUGGGCCACUUUCUAAUACAUUUCAAAAUCAGUUCGCGGGCCGCACAAAACCUGGUCGAGGGCCGCAUGCGGCCCGCGGGCCGCAGUUUGGUGACCACUGCUAUAACACAUACACGGCAUACAAUAAGACAAGGUAGGCUAUUAUUGAUAAUCAACAGUUUUGAACGUGAACAAGUGACGUCAUUUUUAUCGUCCUGUAUGUAGAUCAAAUUCAGAGGGACUAUAAGAUCGUUUUAUUCAUGGCUUUGAACGAUUUGAUAAUUGAAAAACAAAAACGGCAUGUUUCGCGAAAUAUAUCACCUUCUAAAGCGGUCUUCUCACUUUACCGGGCCGGGACCGUGCCGGGUCCCGGCCGUGCCCCGGUCAUCGAUUUCUUUCUAACGAUAUCUAUGGCGUGCUUCUCAUUAGUCAGGCCGGGGCCCGACCGAGCCCCGGCACGGUGUCAUGUGAAACACGCCAUAGUAAUCGCAUGAAAGAAAUCGAUGAUCGGGGCACGGUGUAAUGGGAAUAGCCCUUGAAUGUUAUAGAAAAUGUGCCGUGUGUUUGAUUAUGUAUUAUGCUCGUAUAAAUCAUUGAAUUGUCAGUACAUAACUGUUAACAAUGACAUGGCCUACUAAGGCAUCUCAAAAUGGCACCUGUUGAUAAAGUCGCUAGUAGUUACCGUAAACCGGUGUCAAAUUGAUCAUCGAGGACUAGAUUGUAAUUCCAUUCUUGUAACUUCUAUACGUCGUUAUGAUCAUGAAGCUCCUACCUCAUUCAGUUCAUGGAUGCCUAGAGAUGAGUGGGAUGGGGACUUUUCAGGUAGGGAAUCGCGCUACUUGGGCGGUGGCUUCUAUUUUCGUCUGUUUUCCACUAUAACUCAGUCAAAUUUGAACCAAUUGACACAAUUUUUGGAAUGCAGUGAGAUAGGUAUAGUAUCUACCCGUGUACAACAUUUCAAGUCAAUUGGUUUAAAAUUGACUGAGUUAUAGUGGAAAACAGACGAAUAUAGAAGCCACCGCUUGCAGGGUGAGCCCCCAAGCUUAUUGACCAUGUGCAAUUUUGAGACACGCUAUUGUUCAGUAAGUUUGUGGUAGAAAAAGGGAGACGAAAAAAAUAGGAUUACAGCUCAAGUAGGGCAACUUCAUACGUAUUGUUUCAUUGAUAGAUAUUAUGCAGAUAUUUAUAGAUAUUAUUAGACAGUUUUGCAAUAUGUAAUCUUUACACAGAUCGAAAAAAGAUUGUAAAUUUCUGUGACAUAUAAUGCACAUGAGUGGAGUGUGGGAUAUCACAGAAGUUUACAUGACAUAUCAUGUAAAAGUCAUAAAAUAUCAUGUAAACUUCCAUUAUAUGUCAUGUAAUUCAGCAUGACUCUGAAUAUUUACAUGACAUAUAACACAAAUUUACAUGAUAUAUCAUCAUCAUAACAUGAAAUUUACAUGACUAAAAUGAAGUUUACAUGACGUGUAAAUCUCAUUAUUUUUAUCUGUGUAGGUUGUAGUUUUAUAAGUAUUUACACUAAAUUCUGUUUUUACGCAAUUGAUGCGUCUGUGCAAAAAGUUAGUGUAAAAUUGCGAGUUACUUUGAGAAAUCGCACGAAACAAUCCAAAGGAUUUUUUUUUUCACUAUUUGCUUUCCACAAAUAAUCAAAAACGCCUAAAAAGUCGUACAAAAAAUUGCGUUAAAAGUUGUGUAAAAAAAGUAAUUUAGUGUACAUACAGUUGGCUGUAUGCUAUCCGCGCAAAAACUACCAUGCGCUUCCAUCUCUUCAUUGCUUAUUUGAAUGAGGUGUGUGUGUGUGCGUGUUUUUUUAUUAUCAGUUUCCUCACACUAUUUUGCAAUAUUAUUCUUAUUGGGAAAUUUAGAUUUUAGGGUAAUUACAAGUUUUUUUUUCUGUAUUAACGAGAUUUUUAGCCCUAGGCUAGUUCAUCUCAGGACCCACGCUUUACUUCCCUUCCGAAGGAAGAACUCACAUUUGUGAGUUUGUCGGGAGUGGGAUUCGAUCCCAGGUCCUCGGCGUGAUAGUCAAGUGUUCUAAUUAUCACACCAGGUCCGCUCCACACAAUUACAAGUUGGCAAAUACUGUCCAUCAGAAUAGAAUAUUCAAGUUGUUGUUAUUUGAGAUAUAUGAUCACAUAUGAUUUUAGGUAAGGAUUUACCUUCAAUAAUCCGAAAUUCAUACUUAAAAUAAGAAACAAACCCACAAUAACAAAAAGUUACACUUAUUUAGAAUCUUGUUUACAUACAAGGCAUAGGCAUAUACAAAAUAUGUAUAAACAAAAACAAUAACAUAAAACACGAUCAAUCAUCUUGAAACGUGAAAUAGUCGUGAUACAGCAAAUCAAGUCCAAAAUAGAACGUGAUUCUACAAACAGAACAACUUUUGUUCCGUCAUCGCCAGCUAGACAAGCCUGGUUGACCCUUUCCAAGGUAAUUGGCGACGUCAGUUCUCCAGACAGUCACACCGUAUGCGUAUAGAAUCAGUCAGUCACUCACGCGAUGUGUAUUGGUUCGGUUGGAUUCUGACCGAACGAGUGACCAAUGACCGCUUUAUACGUCUAUUUCUCAGCAGCACGUCAGUCGGUGCACAGCACAUGCAUAGAACCGGCUUUCUUCGGCGUGCACAGAAUUAAUAGCUCCGAAUGAAAUAGGUGCUAUCUGGAUCAAGCGCAUCCAUUUGUGACGGUGCCAAAUUCUGGGCGCUCGCUUCCACAUAUCGUCGUAAAUUAAUUUCGGAGAGAACGAAGCGGUUUCGAUCAGAAAUAUAUUCGCUGCCUCGGAUCGGUUACAUAACCAACAACAAGAUUGGCGGUGCGGGAUAAUCAUUUCAGUCCCCACCAGGUAACUGGUUUUAACUGGUUGAAAUUUGGCAAUCCGGUUUUCUGGAAUAUAAUGAAGUAGAAUCUUAAACUUUAAUGAUUUUGCUGUUUUCGUUUUAUUUAGUCUUAAACACGAAAAUCGUACGAUUCUCGCUCGUUGUAGUUUGUUGAUAAGACACCAAUGAUAAUGGACUUUGUGCCGCGGGAACAGAUUGAGGUUAGUGUUUACACAAGCUAUUAGACAGUUAGAACCGAUGUAGAGGUUGCAAAAAUACAAAACAUCCGCAUGCAGGUAAUCAUCAUUAUAUGCAAUUCCCUGCAGCUCGACAUUGAAAUGGAAUGUGCGCCUAGUUGUGCCUGAUUCAACGGGGCUCUGAAUCAUAUAGAGCACGGUAAUUGAUGUCGGAUCAAAUUAGAAGCCACCUAAGAGGUUGUAAUAAAAUCAUCGAUAAAGCAAAGUAACUUAAUGGCCAAGUGCUUGAAAAUUCUUAUCGUCAAAGUAAAUCAGCAUCACAUAUUGUAUACAGUAUCGUCCAACAUAUUGGAAACUUUUUUUUAUUCAUAUAUAAAAACGUAGUUUUGACGAUGUUUGCUGUAACAUUUAACUGUCGUUCCUAGUUUUUAGUUACAAAUGUUACAAAUUGUUAAGGAAUACCUCAACGUUACUUUAAAAUUUAUCUGUUCUUUGGAGCCAAAAAAUUGAAAUAAAAAAAUGGUGAUCGUUGAAUAGUUGGAAAUGACAUAUAUGCAUUACAUAUUCGCUGGAGAAGAUCCUAUAUUGAUCGAAACGAUGGUAGCAGAAAAUAUGCAUUUGCUUUAUAUCUUUUUCGUGACAAACCAUCAUAAUUGUGCUGUUGAGCGGUAACAGUUUUGCAUAUUUUUUCCAUCUUUUUCAACAAUCUUUUGUUUACGUUGCCUGUGAGAUUUACCACAACAAGGUAAACAAAAAGUGGGCAAAAGCCGCAGAACAUGAAAAAUUUUGUCUGUCGCACAUUUUUAUUUCCGAUUUAUCUAGGUAUUCAAAGCUAGAAAUCGAAAGAUAAAGGGUAGGCACAGUGUACCAGUUAUGGUUAUAGUACCUCAAAUUCUCCAUAGUUGAUUUUCAACCUUUAGUGAUGCAAAUCAGCAAGAAAAUAUUUGUGAACAACAGGUCACGUUCACAGAAGAUGGUUGCAAUCAUUCAAACUUCUUAAUUUGCUCAAAUUAUGAUAGAAAAAAAAUCAUUUUUCUUAACUUUUCGACUUCCUUGCACCCUAUUUCGCCAUAGUGUACCUCCUCUCCUCUCUCUCCUCUUCUUGGCGUAACGUCCUCACUGGGACAAAGCCUGCAUCUCAGCUUAGUGUUCUAUGAGCACUUCCACAGUUAUUAACUGAGAGCUUCCUCUGCCAAUGACCAUUUUGCAUGCGUAUAUCGUGUGGCAGGCACGAAGAUACUCUAUGCCCAAGGAAGUCAAGGAAAUUUCCUUUACGAAAAGAUCCUGGACCGACCGGGAAUCGAACCCGUCUCCCUCAGCAUGGUCAUGCUGAAUACCCGUGCGUUUACCGCCUCGGCUAUAUGCGCCAUAGUGUACCAGUUAUGGCUAAUCCCAUAAGGAAUGCAUGUAAAUAGUGCGAAGUGGAACCCAAAUUAAAAAAAUGUGUUCAUAACUGGUACUGGUUUUGUUGGGAAAUCUAAGAGUUCUGGAGAGCUAAAGUUGAGCCAUUUGUAUGGAGAUUUCACUUUUUUGCUCUCCGUCCCGAAAGGGAUAUCCAUAAAAAAAAUGAAUCGCCCUAGAAAUACAAAAAAAACUUAAUGUUUAUUUAAUUUUCAGUUCUCUCAUUCGUUUAUGAGGAAAUCAAGAACAAAAUUGUGGCAAAUCUGCAAAAGUUAGAAAAACUUUAAAAAUUCUACAGCAAGUCGCCAGUCCCCGUGAGGGCUCCAUUCACCGGCCCGGUAAAUGGAUACCCUAAAAAUCAAUGGUCUCCACUCCAUUCACCAUGCUCCAUGUUGUCCAUAUAAGUAGAAAAAAAUGAUAAUUUGAACAUUCGUUUUCUAAAUAAAUCCUGCAAGUUAUUACUCAAAAUGAAUAUAAACGAAGGUGGUUUUGAUCAUUUUCAAACAAAAUAGAAUAAAAUUUCUAUUCUACAGUGAAUUGAUCCCUACUUCCACGGUGAUAGGGCACCAUUUACCCUACCACGGAAUCAGGCGACCUUACUACCCUCUACUAAUUGUACUGUAUCACCAAAGUUUGUAAAAAAUGUUCUACUUUUGUGGUUAUUACUUUAAUUCUAACCUACAAUGGAGGCAACUAACAGCGGUACCAACAAUGUUUAUAAGAUUGGUGUAAAACGACAGCCUUUACUUGCCUCAAAUCUUCUUAGACCCACGGUGAAUAUCGUCAAGCCACCGACGGUAUUUAAAGCUUUGACGUAGUUUUGAAAGCGGAUGUAAGACUUAGACAAUAUUUUGGUGGGACAACAUUUGUCAGGUUAGAUUCUAUUACUUGGUAACAACCACAAUACACGCACCAUGAAGAAUGCUUGCGUGUGGUACACAGCGUGAGUGUGGUGUUGCUGAAGGUGUUCGAAGAUGCGACUGCUCGAGGGUUCAUAUUGAUUUAAAUAUUUGUUCGAGAAAAAAAUAAUCAAAUAAUAAUUGAAGGAUGCCUCGGUAAAAUUUCCGAAAUAUUCUCCGGGAAAAGUGUUGUAAAGGGAAAAAGAAGAAACUUUCGGUGAAUUCUGGAAUCAUUUUUGAAAUAUUUUUCGAGGGAACCGAAUGUGUAUCUUGAAAAUGUUGUAUUCAAUGUAUUUUAUCAUUGUCCAUAAAUGUUUUUUUUUUAUUAGGAAACUUGAAUUUAUUUUCUUAGCCAUACACGGAAAAGCUUUACCAGAGAGCUUUACUGAGAAAAAACAAUUCUAGAAUUGUUCUCUAUGUUAAAUAUAAUUAGUUAUGUAACAUUUCAUUUCAAUUUUAGCACUUAAGAACAUAAAAAUGUCACAUUGUUUAUUUUAUUUAGAUGCUAUGAUUCGUCUCGUUUAGUGGGUAGUCUAUACACAUGAUCAUAAAUGGCAUGAUUCUGGGACAUAUCGAAUUGACUUUUCGAUAACUGAACAUUUGAUGCGAUGGUCAAAGACGCUAUUUUGAACUUGUAUAUUUGUUUUCAAUGAAUAAUAACUAUUUUACAAAUUAAAUGUGGGCCGAAUAUUUUAAUAUAAUAUUUUUUCACUAUGUACCCAAAUCUUGGUUCAUUUCUCAAGCGAGAUAAAUUCGAUUCAGUUUGCUAACGCACCGCACGAGCUGAACAAUGUAAACACUUGGUUCUACAGAGAUGCCUUCAAGGGCAUUCAAGUUUACACUCAAAUCAUUUGCUCAGUCUAAAGACAUCAUUCCAUUGGAUUGAACAUUUUUGAGGAGUUUUCAAGUCAGAUGCUCGUUUCAAUUGAACAGUCUAAGGCAGACAUAAAUGCUUUGAAAUCAGCAAUAUGCACCUCUAGAAAUGUUUGGGAAUGUAUUAGGCUCAGUGUACCAGUUAUGGCUAUAGUACCUCAAAUUCGCCAUAGUCGAUUUUUAACCUUUAAUGAUGAAAAUCACCAAAAAAAUUCACGUUCACUAAAGAUGAUUCCAAUCAUUUAAACUUUACAACUUGCUCAAAUUACGACAGAAAUAAAUCAUUUUCCUUAUAUUUUCGGCUUCCUUGUACCCUAUUUCGCCAUAGUGUACCAGUUAUGGCUAAUCCCAUAAGGAAUGCAUGUAAAUAGUGCGAAGUGGAACCUAAAUUAACAAAUGUGUCCAUAACUGGGUUUCUUAUCAUUGGCACACGCCGUAAAAAAUACUAAAAGUAGUUUUGGACCCGUUUCAAUAUUUUUCCUGUACAGUUUAAAAACUAAUAAAGCAUUUGACAUGUCGAUGACAUUCGACGGACUUCUUCUUAUUUUUGAAGAAAUAGUUCUUCUUAGGUAAUGCGAUAACUGGUACAGGCAACCUAUUUCACUCUAACACUCCAACAGCCGUAAUGAGGUGAAGCUGUUUUAUAUUCCAGGGCACUGUGGAAUUGCUGGGAACGAACAAGCCAAUAUGCUAUCAAGACUCGAUUCGUCUCAUCAGUUCAUAGGAUCAGAACCGUUUUGUGCUAUAUCUGGCUGUUUUUUUUUAGAAUUUAAACAUGAGAACAUGAGAAAAUAAAAUCCAACUGGGAAAACACCACUUUUGCGAGACAGUCCAAACGUUUUAUAAAGCCAAACUUUGUAAACACUUGCCAAAUCUUAGAGUUACCAGAAAGAUAUCUAAGUACUUUUACUGGAUUUUUCAAAGGCCAUUGUCCAAGCCGUUAUCAUCUAAAGCUAAUUGGAAAACAUCAGGAUGAUGUAAGUUGUUUUUGCGACUUAGAUAACGAAUACUCGGAACAUUUGUUGUGCCGUUAUCCGGCAAUUAAAUACUGCUAUAAGAAUUAGGUUCUACGACAAGAGGCUAAUAGAACCCCUUGAUGUAUGGAGAACAUAUCCCAAUGCGGUACCGUAAACCGGGGUCAAAUUGAUCUCUGGGUCAAAAUUCAUCAGACGUUUUUCAGUUAGAUCAAGCACUUUUUACAUAGUUUACUUACAAGUAUCGUGAUGUAGGAAUCCUAUGCUUAAUGAUAUAUGUAAGGAAACUAUUUAAAACAUACUUUAUCUAACGAAAAAACGACUGAUCAAUUUCAACCCGGAGAUCAAUUUGACCCCGGUUUACGGUAGUACAGUUCAUAAGAACUGUCGCACCGUGUUGGAAUCAGGCUUACAGUCAAGGUUUGAUUAUUGCUCAUACGUCACAAUACAUUCAACAACUGAUCGCAGUAUAGAUACCCAACAAGAAAUAAAAAAAUAAUCACUGAAGAAUACCAGAAGCCUACAAUGAAAAUACAUAUAACGAAACAACACUAUUAAAAAAAACAAACGCUCGGCAGCUGAGACUCCGGUAAAAACUACCGAGCACGACUGACUAUGUAGUUCUGAUCAACAUAUGCCUUUUACUAACCGAUUGAUAAAUUCGUAGUUAUAAUUUAAGAUGCAUUGCCUCCAGUUCUUUCAAAGUAUUAUAGUAUUUUACUUCGACUAGUUUUAAAACUUUAGAGUGCGCCUCCCUAGCUACGCCAAGGGAACAAUUUACCACAAAUUCGGAACGAACUAGUGUGUGUGAGUUUUAUUCUUUCUUCCUCUAAUAUUUUCUGUCUGGUCAAGAUCUAAGCCGACAACAUCAUCGAUUCAAUGACAACAAACUAGAUAUUUUUUUUAGUUUUUUAAACAGAUAAAAAACAUAUGCGUUUAAAGUUUGCAGUUUGCAAAAAAAAAAAAAAAACUUUUUGAAAUAAGUUUUAACAAAAUCGGUUCAUGAAUAAUUUAUAUUUAGUUUUUCCUCGAAAGCUGAUGAUUUUCUAUGAAGCAUUGUAAAAGUUUCAAAUGUAUUGUCCUACACUGUACAUAUAUGGAUCAUAAACUGGAACAAUACAAUCGGUUCGUCCCCGGCAGCUGUAAACACAAUCGAAAACUGUAUUCGCACCCACCAAUCACUAUAUACAGUACGCACCAUUUCCUAUUACGCAAUACUUUUUAGCAAAAAAAAAAAACAUCUACCCAUUUGUCCUUGGCGGAUUUACGAAAACCGAUCAGCUGAUUCAAUGGAAAAGUCAUGCUCCAUGUUGAACACACUUCAGGUUGACCCUGAUUAACACAUCCUCUAUUAUCAUGGCACACUGCAUUUCAUAUUACUUGCCGGUUGGUACGUUUCCUACCAGCUGGCAGCCUGGUCCGGUAUCAACCUUGAGUUAAUACGUAUCAUCUUCUAAUUGUUGCACCGCAAAAGUAACCAC